UAAUGUCGGGUUCCAAAAAGAAGAGUGAUUCUGAAAAGGGUUCAAGCUCUUUACCUGAUCAGAUGAAAAAUAAGGAAGGCGAUCCUCGAAUGCCGAAACUGGGUUCUAGUAAUACAAGGAGCACUUCGGGUUCAUCUCCAUCGGGAUCAGGUCGAAGUGUGAGUUCUUCGAGUUCCACUGUUUUAGAAAAUGAAUUUGCAAAAAAUGGAUAUAUCUGUUUAGACGAUGGCAAGUAUGAGGAAGCUUUGCAAUCUUUUAAUAGUGGUAUAGCUCUUUUUCCAAAGAACAGCACAUUACAUUGUAGUAGAGCUGCUGCAUUCUGUGGUUUAAAUCGAUACAAAGACGCUUUAAAGGAUUAUCAUGAAUCAAUUCGCAUAGCAACAAAUUGUGUUCAACCACGCCAGAGACUUGGAUUACUGUUGCUUAGCUUAGGAGAAGUUGAAACUGCGCGAAGUCAUUUAGUUUUUCAGGGAAAUAGACCUGAUGAGGUCACUUCACUGAAACUGAAAGAAGUGACCAAACAUAUCAGAAGAUGCACUGAAGCAAGGAAACGUCAAGAUUGGUGUGCGAUGUUAAAAGAAGCCAUGGAAGCUACUACUUCUGGAGCUGUGGUGUCUUCUAAGCUCUUUGCAUGUCAAACGGAAGCUCAUUUGAAGCUACGCCAAGUAAAUGAGGCUCGAUUCUGCCUAUUGAAAGCUUGGAAGUAUGAUCCGUCUGCCGCAACAUAUAACAAAUCCAAAAUAUUUGGAUUUUCCUCAGAGGCUUACAUAUUCUAUGUAGUCGCUCUGUAUAAUGUAGCUCUCGGCCAGUUUGAUACAGCGCGUAGUGCUAUUGGAAAAGCUUCACAGCUUGAUCCUGAAAAUGCUGAAGUGUUUGCUUUACGCGAAAUUACUUCUGGUAUCACUUUAUUCCGUGCUGGAAGAUAUGAAGAAGCGUGUAGUGUUUAUGAUGAAGCACUCGCGACUGAUUCAAUGAAUUCAUUUCUGUACUGCGCUAGAGCAGCUUGCUGGUCUAAACUUGGAGAGUGGGAAAAAUCUCUGGCUGAUAGUAAUCAGGCUCUCUCAAUCCUGCCUGAUAAUAUUAAAGCUCUUUCAAGAAGAGCUAUGUCAAAUUUAAAGCUGGAAAGAUGGGCUUCGACUGUGAGAGAUUUUGAGAUUCUGCAGGAGGAACUUCCAUGUGACGAAGAGGUUGCUGCAAAUUUAUCCCAUGCCCGAGUUGAGUUACACAGAGAAGCUCCAGAUGGGAAGGUGGAGUUGGUUUCAGAUGUUGAGAAGUUCCAGGCUGUGAUUGCAUCUGGUGAAUCUGUGGUCUAUUUUAAUGAAUUAUCCAACCCAGAAUGCGCAUGGAUGUCCUCGGUCAUGGAUACCUUGAGCGCCAAAUAUCCUUCAGUAAUUUUUCUCAAGGUGGUCGUGGAACAAAGCCGAGCUGCAGCAGAGAACAUUACAACACUACCUAGGUUUAGGCUUUACAAGGAUGGUAGUCGUGUGGGUACCGCAACUUUAGAUGUGUUGGAGAUCAUGAUUAAGGACAACCUCAUCGAUCCCAUCUAGAAAGGAUUUUACCCUCGUGUAUUCGUUCAUUUCAUUCCCUAUCUCCGAUAUACUCUUCCAUUUUAGAAGCAUUAGUGAAGAAUGAAGAUUAUAGAGUUAGAAAGUUGCUGUUGCUGGUUGGAGUUAGAUGAAGAUCAUAACAUGUAUGCAUUUUUCCCUAUUCAUUUGUACGUUAUGCGACUUGUGAAAUUACAUUGGAUGUAUUCUUGUUGUUGA